AUGGCGAGGCUAAAAGUAUUUCAGCCGGACUCAUUCAGCGAGUCGAACAUGCCCGAGGAAGACAUCAUCCUCAUCAUCGAGGCGUGGUCCGCAGCAGAUUGUGACAGCGAUCAUGUUGCGGAAGAAUUUAAUUCUAACAAGUCCAAAAAGUCUCGCAUUUCACAAUUCUUUUUGCGAAUGGACGAUACCAACGGGGGCCCUUUCACGCUGGAGGGAGUCCAGGCCGAGGCCGAAGCUUUGCUGAAUGAUACUCGAGACCUUCGGCAGAAUAACACAGAUAAGCCACCGAUUGUAUUUUACGCGCAAGGUUUUGGGGGUAUCAUACUCAAGCAAGCUUUCAUCUGCUCGAUCCAUCGAUGGGAAGAUGAGCAGGCCUUAAAAUCUGCUAUAAGCCAGAUUUUGACGGCCCAACAUGCAGUAGACAAUGCGACAGCACUCGAUCAUUCUCAGACACUCUCCAAGGUGGUCACAGACGUCAACUCUACAUUUUAUGAGUCGAAUGCCAUGUUCAUGUGCAGUUUCACUAGCAUAGUACCAAGGGCGUCCGCUUUUCCUGAGUGGUUUAGGAGGCUACUUGCUGGAAACCACCCCGCCCGUUGGCGACAGUCCAAGUAUGACAUAUGCUACCCUGUGAUUAUACAUACAUAUACUUUUGGUGCACGGCUAACUUGCCCAUUCGAUGCAGCUACACAGAAGUUUGAUCAAUAUCUCUCCGCUGCUCUUGGUUACGCGGCUCCACAACAUCCAUAUCCUCAGUUCACUGAUGAAUCCCUAGACGACGAUUCCGGUCAAAGCUGGAUUACAUGGACAAGAAGUGGAGGGACAAGCUUCAAACUCGCAAGAAGGAACAACGCAGCCGGCAAAAUAAUAGGUCUUGAUGAUAAUAAAUCUGGAUUGAAUCCACACGUCAGGAAUCUUUCCGGGUUUGCCUUUGAUUUGUCUCCGAGUGCAGCUCAAUACGGCUCAAUGAGUGGGUUUCUGUGGACAUGGCUUUCCCAACUUCUCUUCCGGUUCAAGUUACGGCUCAGUCGUUCCCAAAAUUCUACCAUCAUCACUCCCGAAGAAUUGAGCCAACAUCUCGACGUGGUGGGCGAGGCAUACAGCCUCAAAGACGAUGAUCUCUUCCUCAUGUGUGUGUGUGCAUUCAAGGAGAGCAUACGAAUGGACGGAGUUUCCCCAACCUUGUUGGUUCUCGAUAAUGUUGACCCAAACAUUGAGUGGCAUGCUUCGCUAGCCAAGAAGCUACUCGAUGUAUUUCAAGGCGGCCAGCUACGCCUCAAAGUACUGAUAACGAGCCCGAACAUAGACGUGGUCAGAACUUCCCUCGGUAUUGCGCCUCAACGCUCCCAUCACGGGGCAAAACAGGCCUCAAGUUCUCAGGAAGAAUCCUUGGCGACGCCGGAGUCCAGCGGAGUCGAUUUCAAGAUAACGGAAUUGGAGUCCGCUGACAGCGUCGUAUGGCAUAUCGCUGAAAAGUAUCACCCUCCCAUUCAGAGAAUGCGAUCGGCAGUCACUAGCUUCACCCCUUGGCUCAGAAGCGUUAUCCAUCGAUGGCUACAUGACGAUGCCAAUCAUACUCAUAUAAGAGGCAUGAUAGAUGAGAUCCUGUCUUGUCCCACGGAGCAGUCGGCUAUCCGAGCCAUUCUCAACUCGUUGUCUGUGAAUCAACCCCUGGCAAGAUCAGCAAUAACGAUAAUCCUAUGGUGUAUGCAACCCCUGAAAAAGGCGGAGUUUGAGCUACUUCUCGACGUUGCAAUGGCAUCACCCGCCAAUCUCGACAAAGUCACUUAUGAGGAAGUUGAGUCACUAUUUUAUGGCCUUGUAAUCGUACUGCGAGGCCGGGUGUUGUUGGCUAAUGACAUGGUAAGGGAAGCCUUACAGCCACAUGGCGUUGCCACGGGCGUCAAAUGGUGUAGGGAGGAAACUCAGUCUCAUUCAGAUCUGGCAGAUUGGUGCCUGGAUUAUCUUCAAUUGCCGGAAAAUCAGGAUAUCCUCACUAAGAUCGAAGAAAGUGAUGGAGCAUCAGGUCGUGAUGCCAGACACGGUCUUCUCUGGUAUGCAGUUGACCACUGGGCUGAGCACGCCCGCCGAAGCAAAGGCUGCUGGAGACCUGAAUGGAAAAGCUUCCAGAAUUUACUCGGACACGAGGGGGAACGGCUGAAUUCAUGGGCUGUGGCCAAAUCUAAACAGCAGCCCGCUCUGCCCUCUCUCGCGGCCGGUCCGCGCACAGCGCUCCCCAUCCUGGCACAGCACGGCCUUCAGUCCGCAGUCGAGAUUGUAGUGGAAAUGACCAGGAGACAGAAUGCCUUGGGUAAUGAGUUGGCAGAUGCCUUCAUCGCCGCCGCAAGCAGUGGCCAUCUGGAGACUAUCCGUGUCUUGGCUCAACAACCCGAGUUUCGAUGGUUUGACGCUAGCCAAGCUGUCUUGGCAGCGAUUGAAUCCGGAGUCGAAGACAUUCUUGUCGAAGUCAUUAUCCAUGCCGAACAACUCGGACUAAAAUUUGGUGACCCUUCAAAAUACUUAGCCCGGGCUGCUUCACUCAAUAACUUGGCCGCGGUGCGACUUAUCCAAGAUAGGAUCCUCAAACACAAACCCCUCGAUGAGCUUUCCAAGUCUUCUUUCCCAUUGAAUCUUGCAUGUUACAAGAGGAAGCAAGACAUGCUACUAAGACUGCUUGGACUCGGCAUUGGCCCAACCGCUGAUUCAUUGAGGGAGGCGGACGAGUAUGGCCAUAGUGCCGUGGCUUCCUCCAUCCUGAACUGGGCAUCGCGGAAUUCGCUCAACCUACUCAACGAAAGCAUUUUCCAACUAUCAGCGUCCUUUUGGUCCAACGUAGAGAAUGCGAAGCUCUUGCUUUCUCAUCUGACGCAGCCAAAACACUUUGACCAAAGCGACACGCUGUUUGGAAAGGCAGUUUUGGCCUUUUUCAGUACGGGGGCAAUUGAGGCUGCGCAGGAAUUGCUUCGGCCGCCCAUGACAGUGAACGAGGAGAUCUUCUGUGCUUUACUGGGCACUGCCGAUGAGGAAGCGAGUGAGCAGCUGAUCAGGCUUAUCUGCAGUGUAGGUGCGCGGUCAGAUAUUGACAUGAGUCACCCGGCAGUGCAUGAAAGGAUCCUCGCCGACAACUUUAUACAAAACUCCAUAAACAGCGGCUCCAUUGCCGCUCUUUUGGAGUAUAAGUUGGAUCCAAACAUGGAAAUACCAAGCCUUGAACGGUCCAUGUUGGGAUAUGCAGCUUAUAAGGGCAAGAUCGAUGCCGUGCGGGCUCUCCUUGCUGCUGGUGCCAAGGUCGACGCGGGAGGAGACGACUGGACACCGCUGCAUUGCGCAUAUGACAACUCUGAUAUCACCGCUCUGCUCCUCGAAAAUGGCGCGGAUGUCGAUAUCAGGGAUAGUGCAAAGCGGUCGGCCCUGUACUUUGCUUCGAAAUGGGGGAAUGUUGGGGUCGUGAGCGCUAUACUGGAGAAGAAGCCGAGCAGGGACACGCUGGAGCAGGCCCUGGGCAGCGCGCUCGGCAACAGCCAAACAGAAGUUGCUAAGGUCCUCACUGGACAUGACGCUGACCUGACGGUUGAGUCAUCGGAUGCCGUAGAGUGGUUGGCAAACGCCGUAUGGGCGUCCAAUGCCGCUCUUGUCCACUUGAUACUCGAUUGCUGUAGACGCCUAAACAUUAACUAUGUGAGCGGCAACAGAUGGUCAACGGCAGCUCUCCAUUGUAUCGACCACAGCACGGAGCCGUCUAUCGUCCGCACGCUCAUAACCAGAGGCGCCGACGUCAACGUCGCGGACUGGCACAAUGAAACCCCCCUCUGUUGUGCGGCCGAAGCAGACAACAUCAGCGUGGCACGAUGUCUUGUUCGACGGGAAGCAAAAGUCAACGGGUCCGAAAACCAACCACUUGCACUCGGUGCGGCUUGCAAAAGCGCAUCGCCCGAGUUCGUCAAGUUCCUGGUUGAUGAGGGCGCCGACGUCAAUGCAGUCUGCUACGCAAACCCUGGCACGGCCCUGCACGCUGCUUUGCUACGGUCCGAGGACGAUAGUGAAGAUGCGAUGAGGAAGGCACAGAUACUCGACUAUCUCCUAGACAUGAACGGCAUCGACGUGCAAAUUAAGAGCCAUUCGUGGGGUUCGGUGCUCAACGUCGCCGCCAUGAAUUGCCAGCUGGCCAUUGUCACGCGGCUCUUGAAGAUGGGCGUCACCGCCAACGAUGUCGACCAUCUGGGCCGGGAGCCGAUUCAUUUUGCGCUGCUGCAGUCAGUGGAAAUGGCUCAGUCGCUGCUACGAGAGAAGGGUGUCACUUUGGACAGCAAAGAUAAUCUGGGCCGACAUGCUCUCCAUUUCGCAGUGCAAAGCCAGAGGCCAGAUGUAGUCGAGUUUGUCCUCCGUGAGCGGCCACUUCUCGUCAAUGAGCCAGACAUUCACGGGUGGACACCAUUGCUCUGGGCGUUGCGACCACCUCCGCCUUUCGGUAAUUUGACAACCGAAGAUCAGCGCAGGGACGUAUUAAAGCUGCUGCUUGGCAAAGGCGCGAGCAAGUUUGUCAAGGGAGAUGGUGCUGACGAUGAGGUCUGGACACCAGUGAGACUAGCAAGCUACUGUAACCUGAAUACAGACGUGCUGGACUUGGUGAGACCGAGCGAAGAGGAGCUACGACAGUGUAAAGGGGACGACAGGGAUAUAUGGACCGAGGCCGCCAAUCGUCGCGGCAAGCUCGAAACUGAUGGAUACUGUGAUAUUUGUUUAACGGCCUCAAUCGGAGUAAACUAUCUGUGCUGCGAGGUCGAGUGUGUCGUUGCUGGCUUCUACAUGUGCUGGAAAUGCGCUUUGAGUCAAGAGUUGCUGCACCCUGGUUCCUCGCACGUCCUCUCUGCAUCAGGAGAGGAGACAGAAAUUACUGAGGGAUCUGCUGCGCCAAGCGGAGAAGCUUCGCAGGACAUGGAGGGUGACGGUGUCAAAGAAGAGACAGUCGGAGAAGAUGGCAAUGACGGCGAUGACGGCGAUGAUGGCGAUGAUGGCGAUGAUGGCGAGGGGGACGAUGAUGACGACGAGGGCGGUGAGGAAGAUGAGGAAACUGAAGGUGAAGGGUUUCCUGUGUACCCGGCGUUUCCCAACAUACAACUGAGCAUCUACGAAGCCCUUGUAACGACGACUGGCUGGAUAUCAUGA